CCUUCUGUCACCCCGCCAUUCUUUAUUAAUGUCUGUAUUUGGCAAGCCUGAAAACAGUUGCUCGAGCACAGAUAAUGGUUUCAUGUAGAUGUCGGUUGUAAUGUCUGUUUAAGUGUGGUGUCAUUUUAAACAAUGGCUGUUGUCAACGAGGCAAAAAUAGAUAUCUACGAUGAUUUCGGAGGAACAGUGGAAGGAGACAUGACAGUCCCCACUCAACGAAAAAAUCAGAAUGUAGGCAGUGAACCAGAAUUUAAUACUUUGGACGAACCAGUACGAGUCACAGUAUUGCGGGAUCUUAGAGCUGUUGGAAUAAAGUUUUUCCAUGUACUCUAUCCUAAAGAGAAGAAAAGCUUAUUGAAGGAAUGGGACUUGUGGGGGCCACUUUUGCUCUGCACAUUCAUGGCAAUGCUCUUGCAAGGUUCCGCAGAUAUAGCUGACAAUUCAAAUGUUGGUGGACCAGAAUUUUCUGAAGUUUUUGUGAUUGUGUGGAUUGGUUCCAUGAUAGUAACUCUUAAUUCAAAGCUUCUGGGAGGAAACAUAUCGUUUUUUCAGAGUGUGUGUGUUCUUGGAUAUUGCCUGCUUCCUACAGUGAUUGCCCUCGUUGUCUGCCGAAUAAUUCUGCUUGCAGAACAGUCACAAUUACUUUUCAUAAUCCGGUUUGUAGUAACUAUGGCAGGAUUUGGUUGGGCAACGUCUGCCUCGAUGGUAUUCCUUGGAGACAGUCAACCUGUUGGCAGGAAAGCUUUGGCGGUGUAUCCGAUGUUUCUUUUCUAUUUUGUUAUCUCAUGGUUGGUGAUAUCGCAUUCCUGAUCAUCAAAUACUUCCAGCUAAGCUGUGUUCAUUUGAAUGGUGUGGUUGUAUAAAAUUGUAAUUGUCACCAAGAAGCUAUUUACAUGAAGUCCUCCAUUAACAUCGCUUAAUACACAAUCCCAAAGGACAUUCAUUGCUGUUUGGAAUUAAUGUAUUUUAAAAUGCAUUAAUUCCAUAUUUUAUACUAAACAUGCAUUUUAAGAAAGUUUUAAGUAUUCAUGUUUUGACUACUGUUUCUUGAAAUUUGUUUGGAGAUGGUUUGUCUACAUUUUUGACAUCUAAACUGUCCCCAUUUUCAAGGCGAUGUGAUCAGCAUAUUUAUUUUUCCAAGUUGUGGGGCGUUUGAAGUUCUUGAGUUGCGAUUUGUUAAUCUGAACUCGCGUUCACCGGUGGGAACUGGAAUAAAAUGCCUUUUUGUGGGCUGCUACACUUGUCCUGGUGAGAUAAGUGUGAAUAAAGUGUCUGAUGUGUGAAGCCGUGAGUUUAUUGAUUGUUCGGGGAAAACUGUUAUUUAUGUAAAUAUUAACUUUUGAUUUUCUUACUUAAUUCGCGUAUCACUCAACCUUGGCUCGCAUACCACCGGUGGUACGCUCACCAUAGGUUGAUAAAACCUGGCCUACUGUAUAUAUGUAAAUUAUUAUGUGCAGUGUAAGUAAAUGAAUGAAUAAGAAUA